CUCCUGCUAAAAGAGCCGCUCCAAAAGUACAGGUGGAAACGAAGAAGAAAAAGAAAAAUGACAAAGCAGCUGUUGAUAUGAAACCACAAAACGUCCAACAAAAAGCAAAGAAGAAGAAAACGAAGAAGAAGUUUGUUAAAUCAGCUCAGAGAGACGAGAGUCUGCAGGCUGGACCAGCUCGUAAUGAGGAGGACGGGGUGUGCGUUACUGCAGGAUCGAUAGCUGAUCUUCUGACUGACCUGACAAAAGUCAACAACAGCAGAAUAAGAGCAAGAAAACUCUUUCAGUGGCUCAUCAGACCUAUUCCUAUCGAAGAGUUUUUCAAGAAACGGUUCAGUACGGAGUAAACCUGGAUGUGACCAGCUACAUUAACGGGAAGAGGGAGACUCACAAUCCUCCGGGCAGAGCUCUGCCGUUUACCGUGUGGGACUUCUACGAGAGCGGCUGCUCCGUCCGGAUGCUCAACCCUCAGGCGUUCUCCUCCACGGUGUGGAACGUUCUCUCCAUCCUCCAGGAGCAGUUCGGCAGCAUGGCAGGAGCUAACGUGUACCUGACCCCACCUGGAACGCAGGGCUUUGCUCCACAUUAUGACGACAUCGAGGCUUUUGUGAUUCAGCUGGAGGGGAAGAAACACUGGAGAGUGUACAACCCAAGGUCAGAAGAUGAACACUUGCCUGUACUUUCAAGUCCAAACUUUGAGCAGUCAGAAAUCGGGAAGCCGAUCCUGGAUUUGGUGCUGGAAGCUGGGGAUCUCCUUUACUUCCCUCGAGGAUUCAUCCAUCAGGGCAACUGCCUACCGGACGCACACUCUCUGCACAUCACCGUGUCCUCGUACCAGAAGAACAGCUGGGGGGACCUGCUGCAGAAGGUUGUUCCAGCAGCGUUAGAAAUCGCCAUGGAGGAAGACGUGGACUUCAGACGUGGUUUACCUUUAGAUUACCUGACCUACAUGGGAGUGCAGCAUUCUGAUAAGGAGGACACCCGCAGGGAUAAAUUCCUGGCCCACGUUGAGAGUCUGUUGAAGAAGCUGCCGGAUUACGCCCCGGUGGAUGCUGCAGUCGACCAGAAAGCCCAGGAAUUCCUCCACGACUGUCUGCCUCCAGUGCUGACUCCAGGCGAACUGGCCACCAGCGUCCAGGGAGCUCCAACCAGAUGGGAGGAGGGACAGGUCAAGCAUGUGGGAGUGCACGUGACCACACAAACCCAAGUCAGGAUGCUUCGAGCAGGGUGUGCCAGGUUGGGCAGCGACGGAGACACGGUUCACCUUUACUACACGACAGAGAACUCCAGGGUUUACCACAAAGAGGAGCUCAAGAGUUUCGAAAUCCAAACGGAGCACACGGACGCCGUCGAGUUUCUGAUCCAUUCGUAUCCUGACUUUGUGACUGUAGGAAGCUUGCCGUGCGAUUCUGCUCAGAACAAAAUUGCUUUGGCAGAACUGCUUUUUGAGAAGGGGAUUAUCCACACGGCAGAACCUCUUUCGUCGCCACAGAUUGUUUAAUUACACUGAGAAUACGAAUAGAUUUAAAUAAAACAAGUUCAAUACAAACCUU